GGCGGCCGCGGCGCCGGCGGCGGCGGCAGCAACAGGCUGCGGGCCGGGCUCGGGGAGGGAGGGCGGAGGCGGCAGAGGGGCGGGGAGCGCGAGGAGGAGCGACGCGGUCCGCGCCGCCGCCUCUUCCCGCCGCAUGGACGAGCACCUCAGCCUGCUGCGCUCGCCGCCGCCGCCCUCCGCCCGCCACCGCGCCCACCCUCCCCAGCGCCCCGCGAGCGGCGGCGGCGCCCACAACCUGGUGAACCCGGGUUUCGCCGAGCCCGCCGCAGGCCCAGCGCUGCCGCCCGACAUGACGGUGGUGCCCGGGGACCACCUGCUGGAGCCGGAGGCGGCCGACGGCGGCGGGGGCCCGCCUCAGGGCGGCUGUGGCGGCGGCGGCGGCGGCUGCGACCGCGACCGCUACGAGCCGCUGCCGCCCGCGCUGCCGGCCGCCGGGGAGCAGGACUGCUGCGGGGAGCGCGUGGUCAUCAACAUCUCCGGGCUGCGCUUCGAGACGCAGCUCAAGACCCUCUGCCAGUUCCCGGAGACGCUGCUGGGCGACCCCAAGCGGCGCAUGAGGUACUUCGACCCGCUCCGCAACGAGUACUUCUUCGACCGCAACCGGCCCAGCUUCGACGCCAUCCUCUACUACUACCAGUCGGGCGGCCGCAUCCGCCGGCCGGUCAACGUGCCCAUCGACAUCUUCUCCGAGGAGAUCCGCUUCUACCAGUUGGGCGAGGAGGCCAUGGAGAAGUUCCGCGAGGACGAGGGUUUCCUGCGGGAGGAAGAGCGGCCGCUGCCCCGCCGCGACUUCCAGCGCCAGGUGUGGCUGCUCUUCGAGUACCCGGAGAGCUCCGGGCCGGCGCGGGGCAUCGCCAUCGUGUCCGUGCUCGUCAUCCUCAUCUCCAUUGUCAUCUUCUGCCUGGAGACGCUGCCCGAGUUCCGCGACGAGAAGGACUACCCCGCCGCGUCGUCGCAGGAGCAGUUCGAGGCGGCCAGCAACAGCACGUCGGGGGCCCCAGCCGGAGCCUCCAGCUUCUCGGAUCCCUUCUUCGUAGUGGAGACCCUGUGCAUCAUCUGGUUCUCCUUUGAGCUGCUCGUGCGGUUCUUCGCUUGCCCUAGCAAAGCCACCUUCUCGCGAAAUAUCAUGAACCUGAUAGACAUCGUGGCCAUCAUCCCUUAUUUCAUCACUCUGGGCACCGAGCUGGCUGAGCGACAGGGUAAUGGACAGCAAGCCAUGUCCCUGGCCAUCCUGAGGGUCAUCCGGCUGGUGCGGGUCUUCCGCAUCUUCAAGCUCUCCCGGCACUCCAAGGGGCUGCAGAUCCUGGGCCAGACGCUGAAGGCUUCCAUGAGGGAGCUGGGGCUGCUCAUCUUCUUCCUCUUCAUUGGGGUCAUCCUCUUCUCCAGCGCGGUCUACUUUGCGGAGGCAGACGACCCCACUUCUGGUUUUAGCAGUAUCCCGGAUGCCUUCUGGUGGGCAGUGGUAACCAUGACAACCGUUGGUUAUGGGGAUAUGCACCCGGUCACCAUAGGGGGCAAGAUUGUGGGGUCUCUCUGUGCCAUCGCUGGUGUCUUGACCAUUGCUUUGCCAGUCCCUGUGAUUGUUUCCAACUUCAAUUACUUCUACCACCGGGAGACAGAAGGGGAAGAGCAAGCUCAGUACAUGCACGUGGGAAGUUGCCAGCACCUCUCCUCUUCGGCCGAGGAGCUCCGAAAAGCAAGGAGUAACUCGACUCUGAGUAAGUCGGAGUAUAUGGUGAUUGAAGAGGGGGGCAUGAACCAUAGCGCAUUCCCCCAGACCCCUUUCAAAACGGGCAAUUCCACGGCCACCUGCACCACGAACAAUAAUCCCAACUCCUGUGUCAACAUCAAAAAGAUAUUUACUGAUGUUUAAUAUAUGCUACAAGUGACAUGCUGUGCUCAGUAUUGUGUGGAACGUGCCCCCUUGGUCUGUGUAUGCCCUUGUUUUAUACAUUUCCAGACCAUUCAUCAAGGAAAGGACGUGAAGAAGUGGAAAGCACACUUCAUUUUCCCUCUCCCUACUGCUUCAUACUGAAACAGGUGUCAGUUUUGCAAGUGGGCUGCAUUCUCUCAGCUCUCCAUUUUUUUUCUCUCCCCCUUCUGUAAUAUCGCAAAGAACAAACUUACUGUAAACUUCAUUUCUAGUACACACCCUCUUUAAAAAAAAAAAAAAAGUAUACAUCCUGGGAGGAAAUGAAACUAAAGAACAGUUAGAAUAACUGCCUAACCUCAGAAUUGAAAAGACCGUUGUUUCUUUACUAAGUAAAGAAGGCACAUACUUAAAGGAUGCUUCUGUUUGCUGUACCCAUUAACAUUAUUGAAUAUUUAGUUCAGUUGCCUUCGCUGUGGAUACGUGUAUGAGAAGUCUAAUUAGAACAAUGACUUGUAAACCCACUGUAAGUUUAUUUGUUUUUUUGUGUUUUUUUUUUUUUUUGACUGGAAUUUCUAUUCAGAACCCCUCCCGGAAUUUUAAACAUUUCUACCAUUUUGAAUAAAGGGAAAUGCCCAAGGUGUCCUGAUCUGACUAAAUCAGUUGAACUCUUUGGGGCUUGUUAAGCAUUUCGAAAGGGGGGCAGACAGGCAGAUUCCUCUGAAGUUCUGUGUGUGUGUUCCUGGCAACAUCUAUCAAAGUGUAGAAACAGAUGUUUUCAGUGCUGCUGAGAGAAACAAACAAACAGAAUUCCUAAUGCGUCUGCGAGAUAAGCUUCUGCAGUAUCACAAGAAGAUUAAAGUGGCAGACACUCCUUCCAGCGGAAGUUACUAAUUCGGACCUGACUGAUGCAGUUCCCAUAGCAACCCCUGUUUCCUGGGAAACCCGAAAAAGGUUGUCAUGGCAUCUCUUGCUCUCUAGCCCCACCCCCUAGCCCCUGCGGUUUCCACAGUAACCUUUCCAGAUGGUUCUUCCUUACAGGAUUUCAUAAGGAAAACCACUGUUUGAAUAAACCGCACAAAUAAGGUUAUGUCUGAGAA